ACUGUGUGUUGGUGUUAUUGGAUUUCUGGUCUACAAAUUAAAGCAAUUGUCCAGGAAAAUAAAGAGAGGAGAUACUUACCCUUCUCUCGAGCUCUUUACUCUACCAAAAUCUGAAUAUGAAACUCUGCAGACUAACAGAGUGAAGAGAGAAAAAAAGAACAAUGCCUGAAAAGCUGCAGUUUUUCACCAUCAUCAUCAUCACCAUCAUCAUCAUCAUCAUUAUCAUCAUCAUCACCAUCAUCAUCAUCAUCAUCAUCAUCAUCAUCAUCAUCAUCAUUAUCAUCAUCAUCACCAUUAUCAUCAUCACCAUCAUCAUCAUCAUCACCAUCACCAUCAUCAUCAUCAUCAUCAUCAUCAUCAUCAUCAUCACCAUCAUCAUUAUCAUCAUCAUCACCAUUAUCAUCAUCACCAUCAUCAUCAUCAUCACCAUCACCAUCAUCAUCAUCAUCAUCAUCAUCAUCAUCAUCAUCAUCACCAUCAUCAUCACCAUCAUCAUCAUCAUCAUCAUCAUCAUCAUCAUCAUCAUCAUUAUCAUCACCAUCAUCAUCAUCAUCAUCAUCACCACCAUCAUCAUCACCACCAUCAUCACCAUCAUCAUCAUCAUCACCAUCAUCAUCAUCAUCAUCAUCAUCACCAUCAUCACCAUCAUCAUCACCAUCAUCACCAUCAUCAUCAUCAUCAUCAUCACCAUCAUCACCAUCAUCACCAUCAUCAUCAUCAUCAUCAUCAUCAUCAUCAUCACCAUCAUCAUCAUCAUCAUCAUCAUCAUCAUCACCAUCAUCAUCACCAUCAUCACCAUCAUCAUCACCAUCAUCAUCAUCGUUCUUCUGCCAGUAAAAUAAUCAUCAUUGAAGAAUAUUAAAGAUAUAAAGGAAUGAGUCAUAGAUUUUAGCAGUUUAUAGUUAGUUGUGGAAUUAAAUUAUAGCAGUUAUAAACUUGUUUAUGUGCAAGAUAAUUCAGGUUAACGUCAGUGUUUGUUAAAUCACAUGUUUGAUAUUAAAGUAGCUGAUAUACAUAGCAUAUGCAUUAGCCUUAAUUAAACAUCAUAAUGGCUAUUUAUACAGUGUAGCUAGCAUAAACAUUUGGUAAAUCACUUAGUUGCUUGCUGUUUUAAUCUUAAUGGGCCUUGUUUAUGCUUCAGAAAUUAAAAUUUUCCAGAAGAUUUACAAAAGUUUUGCUUAUUUAUACUUUAUAAUAUUAUUUAUACUGAAAUGUCUAUGUUGAUAAAUGCCAAUCAGCCUGAAAUUACCAAGCGCAUUUGCAGCACGGCUAUUUUAUAUUUAGCCAUGGUCACAAAUGUUGAUGAUGAGUAUACACUGAAAGAGCGCUUCCUAUGUGUGCCAUGUGCUAAAUCUCCAGCACUUCAGCUCACCCAUUGCAGAUUAUUGCCUAGCAUAGACACUAUCUCAAGAGUUCCCAAAGUAGGGGUCAGGACCCCACAUGCAGUCACUUGAUUUACAAAUGAGGUUGUGACAGAAACUUACAACCCCCUCUUGUUUCAUUAGUUUUUUUUUACAGAUUAAUAUUAUAAAUAUCAAAGACAGAUUUUGUGUACUAAUGUGAAUGUUACUGGGAGUCACAUUCAGACAAAUUAAUAGGGCACGUGUUAUUUGGUGUCUUCAACAUUCACCUAGACAUGCCACAAGCAGCUGAUUUUAUUGCCUUCCUGCCCACGUUUGACCUCAAGCAAUUCGCCACCCCAACAACUCACUUUGACCAUUUCUUUAUCCAGUUUUCUAUUUCUCUCACCUCACUCCUUCACUGUCUCCACCUUUGAUCUCCUUUCAUCGCAAUCUUCACUCCCUUUCCCCCCCUCACACUUCAUCUCCAUUGUCACAACCUCAUUUCCCUCUGGUAGUCACCUCUCCUCCCUGGACUUAAACACCACAAUAGACAUGCUAUGUUCCACUCUAACAUCUUCUCUUGGUAGCAUCUGCCCCCUAACCUCCAGGCCAGUGAAAAUCAAAUGAUCCGACUGACCUAAGCAAUUACCAAACACUUCUCUCCUCUUUUUCGCAUAGCAUCUCUACAGCCAAAGCCACAUACUAUCACUAGAAGAUUGGCAGCUCUUCUAAGACCCAUACUCUCUUCACAACCUUUUCUUCUCUUCUCUGUCCUCCUCCUCCUCCCCCUUCCCCUACCUCUCUCACUGCAGAUGACUUCGACACUUUCCUUUACAACAAGGUUACAUCAAUCAGGAGCCAGUUCUACACACCAGACACCCACAGACCGGCUCCUCCUCCAUGUAAAUCUCAACUGUCCUCCUUCUCCCCUCUCUCAGAGACUGAUGUCUUCAAAACUCUCCUCUUUAAUCAUCUGACAACCUGUCCUCCAGACCCUUACCCUAAUCACCUUCUUCAGUCCAUGUCUCCCACACUACUACCUGCACUCACACACAUCUUUAACACAUCCUUCUCUACUGGCAUAUACCCCCCCCCCCCCCAAAAAAAAAAAAAAGAUACCUGUCUCCCUCAUCACUUUCUGUCCAAAACCCUUGUAAGAGCUGCUUUUAAAUAACUCUCCAAUUUUCCCACACAGAACAACCUCUUGGAUACCAAGCAGUCUGGCUUCAAAAGCCAUCACUCCACAGAGACUGCUCUGCUUUCCGUCACUGAAGUUACAACUAGCAAGAUCAACUUUAAGAUCAUCUGUCCUCAUCCUACUCGACCUCUCUGCUUUUGUCCUUCCAGCCUGAUGAUUCAGCCAUCUCAGCACGCAUCUCCGCCUGUCUGUCCGAAAUCUCAAACUGGAUGAGGGAAUGACACCUUAAGCUCCACUUGGCAAAGAUGAUGAGAUUCUCAUCAUCCCUUCUUGCCCCUCAGUCAACUACAAUCUCACUGUACAGCUUGGCUCAACCACACUCAAGCCAACCAGGACAGCCAAAAACCUUGGGGUGACUUUCCAUGACAACUUGAUCUUUACAGACCACAUUUCAACAACUGCAUGACCCUGUAGGUUCAUUCUGAACCUGAACCCUACGUCACUGAACAGGCUACACAGCUACUAAUCCAGGCUCUUGUUAUUUCAAAACUGGACUACUGCAACACACUACUCCCGGACCUCCCAGCCAGCUCCAUCAAACCCCUUCAGAUGCCUGGUAGUGCCUACUCAGCUAGGUACAAGGUUCCUUUCCAAAAGCUUCCAACUGACUGUCCCUCAUUGGUGGAAUGAACUUACAACUUCAAUCUGGACCGCAGAAUCUGUCACUGUUGUCAAAAAACAGCUAAAGACCCACUUCUUCUGUGAACACGUACCUGACCCCUAACUUGCCCUUCCACACCUUAUUUAUAUAUAUAAACUAAAAACAUCUGCACUUACACUGGCACUUCUACUCUGCGCACUUUGCUUCUCUAGAGCUCAAUUAUAAAUCUUGUGUCUUAACACUAUUUUUAUUGUUCUCUGCUUGGUAUAUCACCUUGCUUGUAUUUCCUCAUUUUUAAGUCACUUUGGAUAAAAGUGUCGCUAAAUGAAUAAAUGUAAAUGUUAUUUGUGUGUAAGAAUAGUUUCGGUGGCAGUGCAGGAAGCAAAACCAAAGCUUGGAGCAUGGGCGUAGGACCCAUUAUACAUGGGGAGACAUGUCCAUCCCCGCCUCCCUACAUUUAAAAAUUUAGAUUUUGUCCCCCCUACUUUUUCCUAAUCUCAAAUUUUAUUUUGCAUUGCCUGCCUGUCUCCGAGGAUUUCUGAGCUGGACAGUCUCCAAAUUAAUCCAUUCCGCAACUUUUAGAAACAUAAUUCAGUUUAAAAAACAACUUUUGCUAUAAUAAGCGUGUUAUGGUACCACCAGCAGAUGGCGCUGUGGUGACAACAUGCACGAGCAGCUUGAGAACGCGCACGUGCACGUGAGUGAAGUGCGCAUGGACGCUAAAACUGGGUUAAGUGUCGCAGCUGUCGGCAAUCAAGGGACUGUCUACUUAAACCCUGCGCGUUGCUGCGAACAUCGCGUGGCACUGAGCCCAGGACAGGACAGGACAGGACAGGACAGGACAGGACAGGACAGGACAGGACAGGACAGGACAGGACAGGACAGGACAGUAUAAUGGUGCCAGGUUGUCAUAUUGCCAUGCUCUGUCUGUUUUCCUGUUCUUUAGUUGAUACCCUGUCGUAGUUGAGUGUUUGUAUCCUGUUCUGGUUAACUGAAGUGUCCAUGCUCUAGGUUAGAGUUUUAUGCUUAGAUCUAGUUUCCUGCCUCCUCGUAUGUUUAUUUAAAUGGCACAAUAAAGACGGCUCUCCUGCACUUACUUCCUGUUUCCAAGUCCCCUUUCGUAAUAAAGUGCAAGGGUCAGACUCGAGUAGCUAGGGCUCGCUAGCCAAGCUUGACGAGAGCAAAGUGUCUGUCACUGAAAGGUAACAAGCAGACCCUGGUAUGAAUUUUCAGAGCGGUGGCUACUCUUGUGCAAUGAGAGUGCAAUAGAUUCAUUUGGAGAUGACUUUAUAUUCUGUUACCAUCCCCGGAAUAUAAACUCAUGUUUUUUUGGUUAUGACACAGCAUUCAGACGCUCUAGAACACACUAAUGUAUGGAUGAAAGAUUUACCACUUUGUUUUUGGAGAUAGAAUAUCGUAGCUAUUUCAGCCCAUGAAAUUGCUGAUUGGCAAUUUUAUUUUCAAAAUAACUAUUUAGCCCAUGAAACUGUCAAAUAUACACGAGUUUGCAAGCUAGCUAGCACAUCAAAAUCGUGUGUAUGUGCCAUUGCCGUGUCCAUAAACGAUUUAAUGGUAACUUUUUAGUCAACAUGUUCACACAGAGAUCAGCAUCCUACAACAUUUGAAGAGCAAGAGGGCAGAAGAGGAUGAACAGGUCAUAGGAAUCGAAAAGACUGAGGAGGACGAGCUUGUAAAUUGAAUGUAUAGAUACCAGUUAGCCAGCUAGUUCAGGUCACACCGUUUUUCGUGUUUGGGAUGGGACGCCAUCGUGUCAGGAUCAGUGGGCAGUGCUGCUGCAUCAAGAACUGUCAUAGGAGCUCAUCCAGUGAGAAAACUGGACAAUGGAGUGUUUUAUCUACAGCAAAAUAGCCUCCCACUCAUAACUUCAACUCACCAACAGAGUCCGCGAUCCUCACAGGAUGGACUCCUGUCCCAAUAUCUACUGUGGCUAGCUACAUUAACUAGCAUCUGUUCUUAAUGAUUAUAGGAGCCAGUGUUUUAAAUGAACAAUUGUUAGGAGUAAUAUUAAUAAAUAAAUUGAGCUUCAUUCAGUGAUGUACAUCAUAACUCGUAUCUCCAUAUUUCGUCAGUUUUUUAAUAAACCGAUGAUAUUGGUCACUCUUUACAUUUGUCGUGUUUUACAAAUAUUUAACCAAUGAAAAGUCAUUGAAAGAGCAUUUAAGUGAUUUAUUAUUAUUAUAAACACAUCCCAAAUUUCUCCAUGUGGGGAUUAAUAAAGUAUUAUCUUUUUCAGGGGAGCAUGCCCCUGAACCCCCCUUGCAUUUCAGCAUCGCCCCAGAUUCAAAAUCGCUCCUACACCCCAGGCUUGGAGCUUUAAAUUUGGGUCCAUAAGCCUUGGUGGGUAAUUAGUGUCUUAUGGGUUGUCCAUAAUGGGUAGUGGUGGCUUGGCGGUUAAGGCUCUGGUUUAGCGACCAGAAGGUCGGGGAUUCAGGCCCCAGCUCUGCCAAGCUGCCACUGUUGAGCAAGGCCCUUACUCCUCUCUGCUCCAGGGGGCGCUGUAUCAUGGCUGACCCUGUGCUCUGACCCAAGCUUCCUGACGUGCCGGUGUAUUCACUGUGCUGUAAUGUAUUUGUUAUCAAUAAAGACUCAUUAGCAUUAUCA